AUGACUCCCGUACAUUUCAGCUUUAGCGCAGCAUUUAUUCUAGGACUAAUAGGCCUCGCUUUUCACCGAACACAUCUCCUCUCUGCCCUACUGUGCUUAGAAGGAAUGAUACUUUCACUAUUUAUUGCACUAUCAAUAUGAUCCCUACAAUUAGAGUCCAUAUCCUACGCUACAACUCCAGUACUACUACUAGCCUUUUCAGCAUGUGAAGCUAGUGCAGGACUAGCUCUCCUCGUUGCCGCAACCCGAACACACGGAACUAGUCACCUACAAAACCUUAACCUUUUACAAUGCUAA